CUCUGAACCCCUUCAUCAUGUCUCAGACUACCAAGUCCGCUUCCAGCCAGGGCACUGAUGCCAAGGACAAGGGAGCCCCCGCCCCUGCUGCCAGCAGCAAGGCCACCAAGACCGGAGACGUUGGCAUGAUGGGCAACUACAGAAUCAUGCUCUUCGACCAGGAAAACUUCCAGGGCAGGAUGAUGGAGGUUCAGAACGAGUGCGUGAACGUGUGCGAGAUGGGAAUGGAUAGAGUGCGCAGUAUCAUGGUGGAGUGUGGCCCCUGGGUGGGCUGGGAGCAGUCUAACUUCCGUGGCGAGAUGUUCAUCCUGGAGAAGGGAGAGUAUCCUCGCUGGGAUACCUGGAGCAACAGCUACCGUAGCGACUGCAUCAUGUCCUUUAGACCUAUCCGCAUGGACAACAUGGAGCACAAGAUCUGCAUGUACGAGUUCUCCGACUUCAAGGGCAACAAGAUGGAGAUCCAGGAGGAUGACGUGCCCACCCUCUGGGCCCACGGCUUCUGCGACAGAGUGGGCAGCGUGAGGGUGCCCGGAGGAGCCUGGGUGGGAUACCAGUACCCCGGCUACAGAGGCUACCAGUACCUGUUCGAGUGCGGUGAAUACAGACACUACAACGAGUUUUGCGCCUUCCAGCCCCAGAUCCAGUCCAUGCGCCGCAUCAGGGACAUGCAGUUCCACCAGCGUGGCUGCUUCAACUUCUCCUCCCCCAAGUAAACUGGACACCGUUGAGUUGCCCACCAAGUUGACGACCCUCGCGACCAGCCCUUA